AUGAAAAUACGUCCGAGUAAAAGAGGAACACGGCGGAGAAAUGGUAAAGAAAUUAAGGAAAGACAAGAACAAAGAAGAGAUCCAGAAGAGGGCACUCGGGGAAGGAGGUCAUGGCUCGUUGGCGACCAACCAGAAGACCAAAGACAUGUUGGUGAAGUGCCCGGAGCGGAUGGUGGGUUCUUUGUCCGGGCGGAGGCUACGAAGGGACAAGGCAUUUCCUGGCCACCACACUCCGGCAUCUCUACCUCCCUUUGUAGUCCUUCUUUUGUCCGGGGCUCGUCUCCGAACAGAAGUCGUCUCUCCAGGCCACGGCUAUCACUUCACCGAUCUAGCAGCUUAUCGGACGGAAUACCAGUACAAUCGGAUGUAAGCCAACGACGAUCCGGGAUAACGCAGCGCAGGACAUCCGCUGAUAAGGUACCAUCCCCACGACUGUCUUGGAUUGAAUAA